AUGGCAACCUCACUCGACACGAAACGACAUGUCCAGACUGACAUGGUAUUCCGGAAGCGCACCGCAAGCCAGCAUGAUACAAUUGACUUUACCAAGACAAGUCCCGAGCAGUUUGAGGUGAACAUGAAAGACAAUCAAGAAAAACGACCUGUCUUGGUUCACGAUGUACGAGGCGAGGAAUCAUCAUUCACUCUCGACACCAACGGCUUUCAAUAUGUCCGGCAUGAGGUCCCUGGACUAGAGGACUGGAAUGAGGAGCAAAUACGACAGUCUCUGAUUCCAGCGACAGAAGACCUCGUUCGUAAAGUAACCGGCGCCCAUAAAACAGUCACAUUUACACACAGAAUCCGCUGCUUUGCCACCGACACCAACAAGCUUGCCGCUAACCAAGCCCCCGCUCACGGCGUGCACUCGGAUUUUACCGUCGAGGGAGCCAGACAUCACUUGGAGAAUGUAGUCAAGGACCCCGUGGAGCUGGCUGCCCUAAAACAAGGCCAAGUACUGGCAAUCAAUGUCUGGCGACCCUUGAAGACGGUUCGCAAAGAUCCUCUGGCCGUGUGUGACUGGCUAUCUGUCAAUCCUCAAGAAGACUGGCACUCGAUUCGAAUGACUUUUCCCCAUGGGUGGAAUGAACUGGGGCAUGUGGCGUAUCGGGACAGCCAUCGGUGGUAUUAUCUGAGCGGGCAGAGGCCGGACGAAGCGUUGAUAUUCAAACAGUUUGACAGUGCAGAGGCGAGUAGUGGUGGUGCCACUGUGGCACAUACGGCGUUUGAGGAUCCAGAGACGGUGGACUGUAAGCCUCGGGUCAGUGUAGAGAUUAAGAUGUUUGCUUUUGUCGACUGA